UGCAGUACAAGAUUCAGAUUUACCGCCGCGCAUGUUGGUCGAGUUCAAAAUUUACUCUGUGAAAAAAAGGCAGUUCAGUGACCGUCUGCAGGCUUUUGGCAACUGUAUAAAAUGGCAGUUAUCCUAGAGACUACUCUUGGGGACAUUACCGUCGACCUGUAUACCGAAGAAAGGCCUAGAACAUGCCUGAACUUCCUAAAACUGUGCAAGAUGAAAUACUACAACUUCUGUCUCUUCCACUCAGUACAGAGGAACUUCAUGGUUCAAACGGGAGAUCCCACUGGCACAGGACGGGGAGGGGAGUCCAUCUUCUGUAAAUUGUACGGAGACCAGGCACGGUUUUUCGAGAUGGAGACAAAUCCGCGACUGAAACACCGGAAAGUCGGCACGCUCUCCAUGGUCAACAAUGGCGGCAACAUGCACGGAUCCCAGUUCCUGCUGACGACUCGUGAGGAUGUGGACUACCUGGAUGGACAGCACACCGUGUUUGGGGAGGUGAGCGAGGGAGAGGACAUACUGAACCAGAUUAAUGAAGCUAUCUGUGAUAACGAGCACAGACCAUACCAGGAUAUCAGAAUUAACCACACCGUUGUGUUGGACGACCCGUUUGACGACCCCGCGGGAUUGGCCGACCACAUCCCGGAUCGCUCACCGGAACCUACCAAGGAACAACUGGAGAGUGGGCGGAUCGGUGCGGACGAGGCGAUAGACGACACGGCGGGGCGGAGUCAUGAGGAGGUGGAGGAGAUGCUGCAGGAGAAGGAGGCCAAGGCUCGCACACAGAUCCUCGAGAUGGUUGGAGACCUUCCCGAGGCUGAUGUAGCGCCCCCCGACAACGUGCUGUUUGUCUGCAAGCUGAACCCCGUCACACAGGACGAGGACCUCGAGGUCAUCUUCUCCAGGUUCGGCGAGAUCAAAUGCUGUGAGGUCAUCAGGGACCAGAAGACAGGAGACUCCCUCUGCUAUGCCUUUGUGGAGUUUGAGAAGCCCGAGGCUUGUGAAGAGGCGUACUUUAAGAUGGACAACGUUCUGAUCGAUGACCGCCGCAUCCACGUGGACUUCAGCCAGUCUGUGUCCAAGGUUUGGAAAGGUGGCCCGAAUGCAACCAAGGGAGGCCAGAAGUCCAAGUUUGAGCUAAAGGAUAAAUCCAAGGGAGCUGGGAAACAGUAUGAUCUGAUCCUGGAGGAUGAGGAGGAGGCUGGACACAGCAGGACCAGGGGGAGGGACAGGUCCCCUGACACUGGGCACGACAGGAGGAGCAAGGACUCAGAGAGCAGGUCCAGACAUGACAAACACAAGAAGAAACACCGACGUGACAGCAGCAGCUCCGAAGACGAGAGGAGACACCACAGAAAACAUCACAGGAAGGAACGCGACUCACACGACAAGAAGCACCGCAAACACGAUCGCGAUUCCGGUGACGAAAGCCACGGGAAAAGAGACAGACACGAAAGAGACGAUAGACCCAAGCACCGAGAACACUACAGAAGUAGGAGUAGGGAGAAAGAACAUAGACACAGUAGACACGAAAAGCAUAGACACAAGCACUAAGAACC